UGAAGGAGUGACGGGCUUGUAAUUUGAGAGUCUGAGCGGGGUAUUAUCAUCUAAACCUAGCGCAGAGUCUGAACCCUCCAGAUGUUGAAACAGACACAAGGAAGGACGCGGUGAGGGUCUAGUGGCUCACUCCUGUUGAUUCAGCCAAAAACACAGGACGGAAAGCGGACAGGAAAACUGCAGUCUCAAACCGCGGACGAUUCUGUGUGUUCGUGACGCUCUGGACAUGCGUGGGGCUGGAGCAGGACAGCUUGUCUAAAGUUUGAACAGCAGAGCUGAAGGUACAGUUGACUGUGAUUAGGCAGAGGUGGGGUCCUGAGUAUGAUGGCUUCCCCUCUGUUCCUACUGAUAGCCUGUCUGGUCUCGUCUCGUGUCGGAGGGACUUUCUUUCCGGGACCCCUUUACCCGGAGAUGUCCAACGGCACCUUUCAUCAUUAUUUCGUGCCGGACGGCAACUACGAAGAAAACGACGAUCCCGAGCAAUGUCAGAUGCUGUUCAAAAUGAUGGACAAUCGCAAGUGCACCUUGGACGAGGACCAGGACUCGGUGAUCCGGGACGAUUUUAUCAUCAUCAAGCGGCACAUCGAGGACGCGGCGCGGGUGCUGGAGGGCGUCGGGAAGAGCAUCUCCUUCGACCUGGACGGAGAGGACAGCUACGGGAAAUACCUGAGACGGGAGACGACCCAGAUCGGCGAGGCGUUUUCUAACUCCGAGAAGUCUCUUCUGGAGCUGGAGGUGAAAUUCAAACAGAGCCAGGAAAACGAGCUGAAAGAGGAGCACAAGAUCAGCGACGACUUCCUCAACAUGAUCGUGCACACGCGCGACGCGCUGAAAGAGACGCUGGACAUCUCGCUGGGACUGAAGGACAAGCACGAGCUGCUGUCGCUCAUCAUCCGGAGUCACGGGACCCGGCUGAGCCGCCUGAAGAACGAGUACAUGAAGCUGUAGAGGACUGUUUGUCUGCCUUCAGUAGGCUGCUGCAUUCAAAUCUCAGUCCGUCUGUAUGGGAAAGCAUUUUAACAUUAAUUCCUUCAAAAUAAGUUGUGAUUUACUUGUACUUGUUUUUAGUAGCUAAUUCCACACAUGAUUAUAUUUUUCCGUUUAUAUAAACAUUAAACAAUUCAGCUAAAGUUACUAAUAACUAUCCCAACUGUCCUGAUUUAAUUUGACAAAAAUUUGGAACACAUAGGCUUACUAGUCAGAAGUGAUUUGUUAAUGUCUGAAACAUUGAUCCCUAUAGAAUUCACUGAAAAAAGAAAAUAGGGAAAUAUUUGCGAUUGUUUCUUGUCACUUUCACCAAAGUGAGUAGCAGAAAAUACUUAAAAUAUAUUAAUCACUAUUUAAAAUAGGUAGGCCUACUAAAAUAAGUACUAGUGAAUGUACUACUUAUUUUGAGGGACUACAUGUUAUUUCUCCGUAGCUACUUGGCAAAAGUGAUGUAGCUAUUCUGUGCAAUAAAUGAAAGCCAGUAUUCACUUAAUAGCAGCAAACAAAUGAUGGACAGCCAUUAAAUACUAUGAACUUGGAAAUAUUACUGCCACUGAGUUCCAGUCAUUAAUGACACUUGCAGCUUAUGGUAAUAUGACUGGAAUCUCAGUUUAACCAUGUAGAGUCUUUACCUCACAGAGGAGACAUACAAAACACUGAGUUAGAGUCGGGGUUGAGUUUUUCACCAUUUUCUCGGAUAUUGAUAUAGGGUAUAUUCGAAGAAACAUUUGCUAAUUUGCAUUGGCAUUACUUGAAUGUUUCAGAGAAAAUUAAUGUUGGUUAAAUAUAGUUUUCAUUGUACAAAUGUUAGCUGUCAUAUUCAUACUUAGGUUAUAUAAGAGCAUGUACUUGGAAUAGUGUUUAAGCAUUCAGCCUGACAAUCCUCUAAAAGAUAAUGGUAUUAACAAACUAAAAACAUAAAUGUUAUUAUUAUUGAUUUCUAUGAUACACUCAGAGGAAUAAAAACACAUUUGCUCUUAUUUGUACAUGUAAUUACAUUUUGUGUGCCCUGAGAAAUCUCUAUAUAUUUUUUGAGCGUUUAAAAUAUUAAACUGUGAGUGUUUAUAUUUUUUUGAAAAAAGUGUAUUUUUAUUCAUUUUUUGAGACUGUACAUGUUGCAUUAAGUUUUACUGUAAUCCUCUGGGAAGUAAUGGGAAAAGGACCAUCGGGAUGACAUAUUCCAGACAAACCAAGAUGACUGCAGGCAGGAUUAUUGGACUUGAAGCAUUCUAUGUGUAGCUCCAUUUCUGAGAUAUACAUUGUGUAUAUUCCUUUUUUGUAAUA